GGUAGAAGAAGCUGCUGGCUUCGCAGGUACAUAGGCACAGUACACAGGCUGCAAGGUUUGUGGCAUUCUCCGGCAAUCCUGACGCCAUCUGGAGGGCGGUAGUUGGACGUUAAAAUGAAGUUGAGGGGCAUCUCAGCGGCCUGCUUCAUCUUCGUGUGCUUGCUGGGCAGCUAUGGCGCGCUUGGCCGUGGUAAACAGGUGCCGCUUGCUAGCACAUGCAGCAGUCCGAAGCGCAUCGCCGUCAUCGGCGCUGGAGCGGCUGGGACAAGUUUCGCAUACUCCCUCGGCCGGUCCAAGGUGCAGGAUGAUGUUUCCAUAACGAUACUAGAGGCUUCUCUCCGCGUUGGCGGUCGAGCGAUGGCUUGGGAGUACAAUGGCAUAAGUGUGGAGUUGGGAGCAUCGAUCUUUUUGAAGGAGAAUCAAAUCUUAUACAAUGCAACAAGGGAAUUCAACCUGACCUUCGAGGCGGAGCGCUCCGUGCGCGGCGGCCGACCGCCGUGGGGAGUAUGGGCUGGGGACGGUUUUGCCUUCCAAGCGUCGAAGAGUUCGUCUGCGACCCUCGCGCGGAUGUUUUGGCGCUACGGGCUCGCACCAGUAAAGACCGCUCGGCUCGCCCGCAAAGCCGCUGAUGAUUUUGCCCAUGGCGCGUAUGGCACAACGACCGACAUCAAGCGAGUUCAAGAUCUCGUCCGAUCUUGGGGUCUAGCGGAAGUCGUGGGAGAACCUGCUGACAAGUUCUUCAAAGAGCGAGACAUCAAGGAGCUCUUCACGGAUGAGAUUAUUCAGGCCGCUACACGGGUCAAUUACGCACAGGACAUCAAUGCCAUUGAUUCCUUGGGUGCACUUAUCUGCAUGGCCGCCGCAAACGGAGAGACGGUCAGAGUCGAAGGCGGAAACCAGCAGAUCUUCGAGCAUUUCGUCGCGAAAUCAGGCGCCGCAUUGCGACUGAACUCUUCUGUAUUGGAGGUGCAGAGGGUUCAAGGACAUGCAGAUUCAGCCUAUAAAGUCACGACUGCGGAUGGCCAAACCUCCACCUUUGACGCGGUCGUUAUUGCGGUGCCAUGGAAACACGAGCCGUUCAUACUUUUGGAAAAUUUUGCGAAGGUUCCCCGACCUAUCGAAUAUGUCCACCUGCAUGUGACACUCAUCGCCAAUUUAACUGCAUCGCCGGCGUAUUUCGGGACAACAGAUCCCCCCGUGCAGAUCCUGACGAAGCCCCACCCCAACACUCCAUUCCUGUCCCUUUCGUGGCUGAGCGACAACACCAUCAAAAUCUUCUCGCUGCAGCGGAUGUCGGAUAAGGUCCUGGCGGAGAUUUUCAAAGACUUCUCGCCUGCGAACGUCUUCCGGCAUUCGUGGGACAGCUACCCGCUGCUCAAGCCGGAUUACCUUUCGAAGGAGUCCUAUGUGCAGCUGGACGAAGGGGCCUGGCACUUGAAUGGCUUUGAAGGCGUCUUUUCGACAAUGGAGAGUCAGGCUGCCGUCGGACGGGCCGUAGCGAGAGUGGCGGAGCUUUGGGUCGAGGAGCAGCGGGAGACCUCUGAUUGCUACGGCUCACGGUCCUUGGGAUGAAGAGCGUUUUGGCAUACCGCUGUUUUAGACGGCGCAAAUGAACGGGAUGUCCAGACUCGGUAGUAGACAAGGGAUCAGGAUUAGGUAGCAUGCGGAAGAAACUUGGAAAGAUUUGCAUUUCAGACGGCUGCAGGAAACUAGCAUAUCAAAUAUCUUUGCAUUUGCAAUUAGGCUUUCGUAUUUCCACACCUGAAUGUUGCAGCUCUGAAUGUAG